AUGUCGGAUAAUAAUCAAGGACCGCCCGACUCAGAUUUGGGUCCGCCAAAAGCAGAUUUUAGUGCUCCACCACCAUACGAACUGACCAAUAGUCAUGUUAAUCUUCAACAACAGCAGCAACAGUUGGAGUUGAAUCAACAAAAUCUACAACAACAAACUACAUUACCAGCAGAGAUACCCAUACAUCAUGGGAAAUUACCAACCUAUGAAGAGGUACAAAUGGAAAAAUCUUUGAACGGGGAAUUGCCUCCAGGCUUUUUGACAACACACACACUACAACCACCACUGCCACUAGCGCCACCCCCACCACCAAAUCCUUUGUUGGCAAAUUUGCGCGAUACAAAUGCCUCCACAGGCGGUGGUCCUGGCAGUGGUUUGACUUUUAUAGCCAUCGACGCUUCGGAGGCGGAAAAUUUAACAAAUUCCACAGAUAACAAUUUACUUGGUACCGAUAUAAUGUUCAUCACAGCUUUUAUGGUGGCAUUUCUAUUCAAUUGGAUUGGUUUUUUGAUGCUGACCUGCUUCUGUCAUACCAUUGCGGCACGUUAUGGUGCUCUAUCAGGGUUUGGUUUAUCGCUAGCAAAAUGGACCUUAAUUGUUAAGCAUUCUACGGAUUUGGCGUCGCACGAAAACUCAUGGCUCUGGUGGUUAAUAAUGGCUUUUGGUUUCUUGAUUUGUGUCCGGGCUUUGAUACAAUACGUUAGUAUUAAGAGAACUUGGCGUCUUCUGUCGACCUCGGCUCAAGAACGUUUAUUAUUCUUUUACUAGAGAAAUGGAAGAAAAUUGUUAAAAGUAGUAAACAAAGCAACAAACAAUUAAAUAUGAAAAAAAUGAAACACAAAACUACAAAAAUAAUUUUUAGAAUAGUAAGAAUAUUUUUAAAAUAAUAAAAUAAGAAGGGAUGAUUAGGAUGAAUGAUGAAAUAAUGAAUUGAUUUCUUUUUGUCAUAUGUGGUUACUUUCAUUCUUACUGUUCAAUAGGUUUACGAUGAACCUUUUUGUAUGGGGUCGCCAAUACCAAACAAUCGCCUUUGGAUUGAUUUAAAGAGCUGUAAUUUUUGCUGGGCAAUAUUUGCAAUUCCAAUUAAAAUUUGGCAGAACAGAUUAGAGCAUGUGCAGAGCAAUUAUUAUUAAUAACAAACUGGGAAUGCGUUUUCUUGAUAAACUAAAAUAUAAUGAGGUUUCUUUAUACUACUAAGUAUAAGGAAUACUUUCUUUUAUUUUUACAAUGAAAUGUAAGAAAGAAAUUCUAUGUUCGAUUCAUGGACUCUGUUCUGCACAGUUUCCUCAUUUUGUUUGCCAAAAGAUAGGCACAUAUUGCCACUAUUUGUAGGAAAUUUUUUUUAAAUUUUCAUAUAUUACUACAUACAACAAAUUGGCAUUUUUACACUUUUACGCGGCCAUCUAUUUGGAGAAUUCAAAAUCACAAAUAAUGUUUUGCAUGACUUUGAAAUAUAUAGUGCCAAAGUUGUCCACAUGAAGAUAUGCUAGGUCAUGAAUAAAUAAAAGAACAUUUAGAUUCAUUACUUAAUUUUUAUUGGAUAUUUGUUGUCAAGGCUUCAGGCUAAUGUUUAUUACCGACAACAUGUAUCCAUUGCUUAUUGAACAUUUUUAUUUUCAGUUCAUAGUUAAAUAAACACAUGUAUUUAUGUCUAAAUUUAAUUAAGUAUGUACAUA